CUUAAGAAGGUCCAAUUGCUAGCACGAUUGUCGAAGUUACCUCCAAACUUCAUAAAUCCUGCAACCCUAGAAACCAAUUGAGGAUGGGGUGUACCUUGACGGUGCAGGACAAGGUGGCACAGGAGAGGAGUAAAAUGAUUGACAAAAAUUUACGGGACGCCGGAGACAAGGCAUCGAGAGAGGUUAAAUUGCUUCUCCUGGGUUCGGGUGAAUCAGGAAAAAGUACCAUUGUAAAACAGAUGAAAAUCAUUCAUGAGUCGGGCUACUCAGAGGAGGAGUGCAAACAGUACAAAGCAGUUGUCUACAGCAACACCAUCCAGUCCAUCAUAGCCGUAGUCAGAGCCAUGGAGCGGCUGAAGAUAGACUUUGCUGACCCAGCCAGAGACGAUGAUGCUCAGCAGCUGUGUGUGCUGGCGGGCUCCGCAGAGGAAGGCUACAUGACUGGAGAGCUGGCUGGGAUCAUCCGCCGCCUGUGGAACGAUGGAGGGGUGCAGUCCUGCUUCCUCCGCUCAAGGGAGUACCAGCUCAAUGACUCGGCCAGCUACUACCUGAAUGACUUGGACAGGAUAUCCAGUGGCAGCUACGUCCCCACACAGCAGGAUGUUCUGCGGAGCAGGGUGAAGACUACUGGCAUCGUGGAGACUCACUUUACUUUCAAGGAUCUGCACUUCAAAAUGUUUGAUGUGGGGGGCCAGAGGUCUGAGAGGAAGAAGUGGAUUCACUGCUUUGAGGGAGUGACUGCCAUCAUCUUCUGUGUGUCUCUGAGUGAUUAUGACCUGAUGUUGGCUGAAGAUGAGGAAAUGAACCGGAUGCACGAGAGCAUGAAGCUGUUCGAAAGCAUUUGCAACAACAAGUGGUUCACUGAGACCUCCAUAAUCCAGUUUCUCAAUAAGAAGGACCUGUUUGAAGUAAAGAUCAAAAGGAGUCCUCUCACUAUCUGUUACCCAGAGUACACAGGAGGGAACACAUAUGAGGAGGCCGCUGCUUUUAUCCAGUCUCAGUUUGAGGACUUAAACAAAAGGAAAGACACUAAAGAGAUUUACAGUCACUUUACUUGUGCAACAGAUACCAAAAAUGUGCAGUUUGUCUUUGAUGCUGUCACUGAUGUUAUCAUCAAGAACAACUUAAAAGAUUGUGGUCUUUUCUAGAUUUAGUCAUCUUGUGGUGAGUGCUCUUAAGAGGAACCAAAUAAUGAUGAACAUUCUACUUUCUACUACUUCCGUAACACUAGGGUUAAUAUUAGAUUUUGGGUUAGGGUUUGGGCCCCUAUAGUUAAGGUCUUUUAUAUUGUGCAUUGUAGUGUUGUCUUUUCAUGUAGAGGACAUUAGAUGGAGAGACUGGUCAUUAGAUUAUUUCUACUGACCCAAAGAGUUAACUUUGUUUGACUCCAAGCAAAACUAGAAUUCACAUUUGCCUUAGGAGACGCACAUAAGAAAAUUAAUCUCAAUUUCUUGUCCGAUAUGUCCAUCUGGUGAAAUCAUGUGUGUUGACAAUUGCCUCACCAUCCUUGUGUGUAACCAUCACAUACUGGUAUGUUUUUUGAUGGAAGAGAUGCUAACAUUAGCAUAGUAUACAU